CCAAGAUCCAGAAACCUGAUGAACCGGUUGCCCCGCCCAUCCUCUCACCUCGCACUGUUGCUGGUUUCGAUCUUCAGACUAGGUCUCCGCCGCUGAGCCGAGUUUGGAUCUCAUGAGUAGAGCCGAAAGCAAAUGAAGCUGUAAAAUGUCCAAUCCGAGUAAAGUUCCAAGAAGUUUUGAUGGAAGCCGGUCUUCCAAUAGACCACAUCGAGAGAGGAGACCUAGAGACCGGCCCCAUACUGAAAGUAACCAUUCUGGUAGGCGUAGCAGGGAAGACCCAAGAGACAAUCGCCAAAGCAAACCUUCAAGAGAACCAUAUCCUUCCAGUGAAAGACAUUCACGUGAUCCAGCAGAGGAUUCUUACUCCAGACCACCCACUGCAAGAGGAACACCAUCUCAACCAAACAGUAGACCAUCUUCUUCAGCACCUCCCUUUUAUAGCUCAGUUUCACAAGCUAACACUCCACCCAAAGAAUCCUUUGGGACAAAGUGCUCAUAUUUAUGCUCCAGAAGAGGAUUGUUGCAGAUGCUUGAAAUCAUUCUCAACCUGGUGGUACUGAUCUGUGCUGCAGCAACCCAAAGUGCUUCUGCAGGCUUCGCUAGUAUUGGAGGCUUCGGGAGUGCCUAUUAUUACAACAUGGGUUAUGCCAACAGUGGAUUUCUAAAUCACGAAGUACAGCAGAUCGGUCAACUAGAUGUAGAGUACAACGUGAUGAAGUCGGCCACUGUGUACUGUGCAGUAGGGCUUAGUGUUCUGCUGCUUGCUUUUUCCAUGGCCUUUCUUAUCGUCGGAUGUGUAUUGCAAUACAACAGGUCCUCAGUGCUGCACAGCAAAUACUUACCCUUCUUGAUUAUGGAAUGUGUAGUAAAGGCUCUUGCAGCGGUUGCUUACCUCGUAGGAGUGGCAUUGUAUCUUCACUUCAUUUUUAAAAUUAAUGCCACGGAUGUGUGCAAACAGAGAGAAUCACUCUACAAUCGACAUGGAUACAGCUCAGUGAAAUGUGCCAUACUGGGUACAGAAGUUGCUGUUUCCAUCUUUGCUGUGAUGUUAGUAAUUGUUUACAUUGCUAGUCUGGUGUUUGGAGUUUUGGCUUAUCGAGAGAUACAAGCUGCUCAGUCGGAACAUACAAAAUCUCUGGCCACCUCUGCUAUCUGGAGACAUGCUACACCCUCAGAGAUACAGCCAAUGAAAUCUUAACAUUCUAUAUACAUAAGUUCAAAAUUAAGGUGACAUUUUCAUAAUACAACAAAACAAGAUUUAAAGCCUAAUUUUAGGCUUCAGGAUUUUGGAUUCUUAACACUAGUUUAAAACUCAUGGACUGCCAUGUCAUGAGGAGCCUGUAAUCCAAUAUUUUUGUGCAAAAAAUUCUGUCCUUGAAUAUGGAAAAGUAUAAUCCCGAGGCAUUCAGCAUCUGCAAAUUGGUUAACUUUGGUCUUUGGGAGAUGGCAAUUGAUACUUGGGUUUUAAAUAAUGUCUUUGUUUAGGUUCUUGGGUAUCACCUGCAGACUUGAUUUUUUUUUGUUUAAAAAAGAAAAUGUUAAACCUGAACAGUUUUGGCAUAUUAAAUGGCAGAAGGGCAAUGUUGAGAUGGAAAUGUGAGAGUCGGAAGGGAAAGCAAAGAAUAUGUACAGUAAUUAGAAUGUAUUUUCCUCACACUCAUGAAUACUGGCCACAGGAAAAUUUAGAUGUUUUUUCAUCAGUUAUUAUUUUUACAUGAGGUUCUUUUUGUCUAAAUCAGGAGUGUCAAAACUGGAUCUACAUGGUAGUCCUGGAUUACUUCCUUGGCAUUUGGGAUGUGCCACAAUCAGCAUUUUCCAAAUGUAGCUCCUGCCAAAUGCACACUAAAUCCCUUGUCUUCAGGCAUUACUGGCAGCUACCCAAAAUGAGAAUUAAAUGUGCUGAGUUCGGCAUCUAUUUUGGGACCUUAUUGUGUAAAGCAUGAUAAGUUUGGUAACACACAGACUGUGCAAGCUCCAUCCACUGUGGGGUCAUGAAGAUGAUCGAGGAGCUGCGGACCAGCAGUUCCGGUCCACCCAUUGGCUUCCCCACCCUUGCUCAAUGAGUCCAGGUUCAUGAGCUGUCUUUCUCGGACUUGGAUGGACAACUCAUGGACCAUCUUAUGGUGGUCUUCAAAGAGUGGGAAGGAAAUUUUUGUUGCUGGAGUAGAAAAUCAGAAGUUUGGUCUAUGCAGCUGAAAAGUGCUUGGAUAAGUUUCACCACAGCAGCUGAGGCAUUUAAACUGUGUUAAUUAAAUAAAUAUUGUUAUCUAUUGCUGGUAUUGUUAAUGGUGACCAUGAGCUUUCCUUUAUUGUAAUAAAACCACAGUGAUCCACAAGUAUCCUUUAGGAGAGGAAAUCUACCAUUCCUGCUCUGUCUGCCCUAUUUCUGACUUUCACCCUUUAUUGCAGCAUGGUUGAUUUUUAACUGCCUUCUGACGUGGCCACUCUGAGUCCUCGUAUCUCUCCAAUGAAUGCAGUUUCACUCAACACUUUCCAAUAUGUGGAGCAUGGUGUAUUCAGGAAUGUCCAUUGCAGAUCCACAAUAUUGCUGCCUGCCACUGCCAGGCUGUACUUGGCUCAUUUGCAACACUUUCCCUGUUAUGUGGAAAUAGAGCCUCCUGCUCCCCAUGCACAGCAAUGUACCUCUUUGACACUCUGUUUCCCAUUCCCACCCCCCAAUUCAAAACCUUAAUAUUAACGAACAUUGGAAAUUUAACCAGAGAAAAGUUCUCAUUUUCACUCACCAUAAGAGGCAGCUCCUCUCUGGAGUGCUGCUGUCAAUCACUGUGUUGCUUCUGCUCUCAUCUCUGACAGAAAUACUUAACCACACGGUCACUCUCUUCUCCAAAAUUUUAUUUUUUGGUGCUCCAACACUUCUAAUUUUUGCCCUGAGCUCUCGCUUUUCCUCUGCACAAACUCCAAUAUUCUUUUCCUCCUCCAAGAUCCCUUAUCAAACCAAGUUUCUAUCACCCUCUCCUCCAUUGCCCUCACCCCCUGUAACACUCAUCAAUGUUUCUUCCUUUGUCAGAAGCGGUGGCGGAGGCCUGUUUUAGUACAGGAUAGGCUGUUCACUUGACACCCAGGUCCAAAUGGUUGAUAAUGUUGUCAUCCUGAUUAAUUUCCACAACUGCGUUCAUUAAUCCUGGGUGUUUGCAAUUAGUGGCCAUUUGUAUUGGCAUUUUUUAACUUGUGCACCAGCGUUUUUAAACAGUACUGUAAGGUGGCAAAGAUGGCGUUGGAAUCAAUUCAUACUAAGAUUCUAUUUCUUUACUCCCCAUAUCUUGUGAAAUUACCUGCCAGUUUAUCAGGUGUGCUAUAUUGAAAUACUGAAGUUCAGUUUAUGUUGGUGACAGCAGAAAGUGGUACACUUCAAUGGAUUACUUUGUAGGUAGAUAGAAUUAGGGUGUUCUGUUGAUCCAACCAAGUGUAAUGGCAGUUAAUGUCAUGAAAUUAGUACAUUAGGUCUUGUCCUCCCUACUUUUAAACUGAAUAUAUUGUACAUGGUAGAUGACUCCGGAAAGUUGUAAUUUUGCUAUUCAAGUGAUUGUUAUGAAUCAAACAAAUUAACUUUCAAAUUUAAUAGUUUAAAUAUGAAGUUAUGUUCAAAUGUUGUGUUUGUAAAAGCUGCUGCUUUAUUUAGGCUAAGGAGGUUAGAAUUUUUCAAGGAGCUAAGUUACAAAGUUAGAUAUGACCUAUUGAUGCAAUCUUUGUAUUGGUUGGUCAGAGUGUUUGCAAUAAAUUUUGAGGCAUUGAAUAGAAGGGUAGACUUGUGAAAGUACCCUUUGUAUCUGUCAGUCUUAUCAUUGUCCACCUAAUGAAGUGAUGGCAUUAACCUGGCUGCCUUGUUUUUUUUGUGUUACUUCUAAAAUGCAAAUUGCGAUUUGCAUUGUAUCCACAACAUUUUGCAUCAUCUGAAGUAGCAGAGAAUUCUUGAUAUAUUAAGCAAUGUGCUUUGAAAUCUCUGGUACGUGAAAGCUGUGCCAGGCACGUCAAGGUGUUUCUCCUGCGGCAGGUGCUGCAUAACUGAUUAACUGUACAGCCAAACUAACUGAACUGGGAUAUAAUUGACAUAAUAAUACUGUACAGAUAAGAACAUAGAACACUACAGCGCAGUACAGGCCCUUCGGCCCACAGUGUUGUGCCGACAUUUUAUCCUGCUCUAAGAUCUAUCUAACCCUUCCCUCCCACAUAGAAAAAUAGGGUGCUAUCAUUCAUGUGUCAGAGAUUUGAUGAGAUCACUUUAAUUUUUGUAGUCCGUCAUUGGAUCCCCACUGCCUUAACUGUGAUUGUAUAUAUAUUUUUGCAGUUCAACUUCCUUCAAGGCAAAAUGCAUAAUUUCCAAUUUAAUUACAUAUUGGAACCCUUUAUAACUAUUAUUACUUUAAGAAAUCUGAUAUUUCACUUUAUGCCUUGAGCAAUUGCUGUGACACUUUUGAACAUUAAACAUAGAGCUGAAGGAAAUUUAUUGUAAAACCAGAGAUGUAGAUUUAUUUUUAAAAAAAACAUGUGUAUAAUGGAAUUAAAGCUCCUGUCUCAAUUGAAAAUAAAUUUAAUAAGUUAAAUUUUUGGGCACGGUAGUGUAGUGGUUAGCGCGAUGCUAUUACAGCGCCAGCAUCGAGGUUCGAUUCCCGUCACUGUCUGUAAGGAGUUUGUAUGUUCUCCCGUGUCUGGGUGCUCCGGUUUCCUCCCACAUUGCAAAGACGUAAGGGUAGGUUAAUUUGGGUUUAAAAUGGGUGGUGUGGACUCUUUGGGCCAGAAGGGCCUGUUACCACGCUGUAAAUAAAAUUUAAAAAAAAGAUCUUUUGAAACUGAAAGUCUCCCUUUAUAAAACACUCAUAAGAAUAUAAGAAAUUGCUCUUUGCAAACCAACAUGUAGAAAAUGAUUCAGGAUAAUUUGUUAGGUGUAGGUUUACUGGUGAAUUACCAGGAUGUAACUCAGGCAUGUAUUUCUGUUUAGCUUAGCCCGAGAACAAAAUGUGAUUAGUUUACCAAACUCUUGAGAUGGAUUACCAAUUCAAAGUUGAUAUUUACUGUUUUGUUUACAUUCUUUAGUUUUAUUUGAAAAAAGUUGUAAUAUGACAAUUAUACUGAAAUACUUUGUAUGGGCUCUUUGGAAUUUAUUUUGUAAUACUUUAUGAAGGUUUUGUGAUGUAUUUAUGUAAAGGAAAUAUUUUGGAAAUUGACUCUUUCUCUAAUGGAAACAUUUAACAUAGCUGUUUAGAGUUUAGUUACAUUGGCCAUUAUAUACUUUUGUCUUAUUCUUAAAUGUAUUUCCGGAUUGUGUGGGAAGAAUAUAACAAACAUGCUGCUUAAUGCCAAUCUAGAGAUUUUGGGACUUUAUUUGAAAAGUAAAAGUUUCAGACGUGAACUCUAAAUAAAACUUAUGGAAUAAAUAAAAUUAGAAACUACUUCCUUCAUGGAAAUGUACAAACAGCAUUCGGGUUGGGAGGCAUGGGUGAUGGUGUGAGAGAGGGAGGCUGUGAUAGGAUUUUGGUUUUCUUCCCUGAUUCUGCAAAUAACAAAGUUUCAACUUUAGAGGAAGCUUGGAGGGAUUUUUUAAAAUUAAAUGUCAUUAAAUGUUGGCAAGCACAGCAUUUAUUGCUGAUCCAAAACUGUCCUUGAAGGUGGUGGUAUCCACCUCCUUGUUCCUCUUUAGUCCUUCCUGGUGAAUCUUUUGCACAGUGUCAUGGAGGGAGCUCCAGGAUUUAGACUUGGUGACAAUGAAGGAGUGGCAAUAUAUUUCCGAGACAGGAUGGCAUGCUAGUCAAAUGGACUGCUUCGUCCUGAUGUCAAACGUCUUGAGUAAUGUUGAAGCUGCAUUCAUCCAGAGAAGUGGAGGGAAUUCCAUUACACCCCUAACUUGUGCCUUUGGGUUGGCUUUUUAAAUGGAUCAUUGAGGAAUGUUUGAGGCCUUAGAUAUUUUAAGAAAGGUGUUGUAAGGCGAAAGGAGGAAAAAUAGAUGAAUAAGAAAUGAAAGUAUGGCUGUGAAUACUGAAUAAUGUCUUUGAGAUUGAUGCUGUUUUGUUUUUGAAAUUAGACCAGUAGAAUUCAAUUAUGUUACAACUUGUAUUGUUUAAAAUAUGAUAUUAUACAUAUUUUUACAUUAUACAUUUCUAUAAUGCUCUGAAGCUUUCUCAUUAAAGAAGUUCUUAAUGACUGGAGUGGUUCACGGUGGAAAUGUUUUUCUGCUGAAUACAUUGUUACAUUUAUAUUGCUUGUAAUUUUAUUUAUCCAAGAUGAAAGUGGAAGGCACAGCACAGGGAUAAGAACUGCUUACAUUAUUAAUUAAUGGAAAAACAACUUCAGUGAUGACGGUUUACAAAUAGUUGUUCAAGUCACGAUAUUUAGCUCGAGCAAAAGAAUUAGUUUUGAACUAACAGGAGCAAUCUCUGUGUGCACUUCUAUGCUGCAGAGGACUCCAAGACCUUCCUCGAAUAUCAUUCUUGGACCAAUUGUAUUUAAUUAAAACCCAUCAACAGAUGCAGUAUUUUAUUAAUACUUGAUGGCAUCUUUCAAUAUCAGAGUUUACUUAAAUCUACAUGUUUCCAUCUGGCUGUGGUUUUGUUAUUAUAAGUUGCUAUAAUGGUUUUGCAGGGUCAAAGGGAAAGAAAUUCAUGGUGUGAGUUUGUUAUUAACAAUUGGUUUUCCACAGGCUUUAUUAAAGAUUGCUGAAGCUCCAGAAUCUCAUAUCUUGGUUUACACAAGACUCAUUUUAGUGGCACUCUGACAUUGGAGUGUAUAGUAAUACAGAGGAAACUGUGACAAAAUAUAGGGAGGCAUGAAAAAAGUUGCAGAAUGGAUAUGCGGUUGGCAAAUGAAUGUCAAUAUAGAUAAAGGUGAAGUCUGCAUUUGGCAGGAAGAAUGGGACCUUAAAUACCUCCUGAAUGAGGGGUUUGGGUCAAUGUGCUGGGUGGAACAGUGAAACUAACUUAAGUUUACUCAAAACACUGAAGGUGCUUUUUGAAGCUAAAAUAUUGUAUGCUGUAUCUUCAUAAUUUGUAAUAAAUGGAUUCAGUUACAGUACACUUUAAGACAUUUAUACUCUUCAAAAACUGUAGAUUAUAUAUUAUGUACAAUUAUAGAAUAUUGUUAGAUUUUUUAAACUUAUUUUUAAAGAACAUUUUUCUGUGUAAAGAAAAUAUGGCAUCUAGGUUUUAGGAAAUGUGUGAUUUUUAUUUUCAUAGUGAACAAUCCUUGUUGGACUUUUCAUAUGAAAAAAAACAAGUCCAAGGUGUUCUGUAACCAUGAAAUGUGAUGAUAUAAUAUGUAUAUAAAAAUGUUUUUCUUUCAUUAAUGCAAUGUUUUGGGUAUGAAUGGGGAA